AUGCACGCGUACAGAGCCAAGGUGAAGGCGGCACUCGUCGGAGUCAAUCUCCGUGUCGCCGUUGCCUUUUGGUUGUUUGGUCUGAUCAACAACAUCUUCUAUGUAAUCAUCUUGUCCGCUGCCCUUGACCUGGUCGGCCCGUCUAUACCAAAGGCCACCGUACUGCUUAGCUCCAUCAUCCCGGGCCUAGCAACCAAGAUCGUGGUCCCGUAUAUCAUCCAUCUGAUCCCAUACUCAGCUCGAGUAAUCAUUCUGGCCGUGCUGUCGACAUGUGGCAUGCUCACGGUAGCCCUCUCGCCUUCGCAGACUACCGGCGGCAUUGCUGCAAAGGUUGCCGGCAUCGUGCUGGCGAAUAUCAGCUCUGGAGCUGGUGAGGUGCACUUCCUGGCCUUAACGCACUUCUACGGCACGACUAGUCUUGCGGCAUGGGGUAGUGGCACUGGCGGAGCAGGCUUGCUAGGAGCUGGUGCUUAUGCUCUUGCCACUACAACGCUUGGGUUCAGUGUCCAGUCUACACUGCUGUCCAGCGCUGUCAUACCUGUCGGUAUGGUCUUGAGCUUCUUCAGUCUAUUACCACUGGACCCACUGACAGCUGGCGCACAACGCAAGAUCCCUAACUACGAGGCCGUUCCUGGAGAAGACGACGACCAUGGAGUCAUCACAGAGGAACGAGCAGGUCUACUAGACCAACCCGAAGACCAGCAUACUUCACCCGCCUACCAACACAACAGCCACUCAUACCGCCAGCAACUCCUCCACGACCUCAGAAUCAAGCUCUCGCGCGCCAAAACCCUGGUAGUACCCUACAUGCUUCCCCUUUUCCUGGUCUACGUGGCAGAAUACACCAUCAACCAAGGCGUCGCACCAACAUUACUCUUCCCACUGGAGUCUACACCUUUUAGGCACUUCCGAGCCUUCUACUCAACUUAUGGCGCAAUCUACCAGCUUGGGGUCUUUAUCUCUCGCUCCUCCUUACCCUUCGUCAGGAUUCGUACGCUUUAUGUCCCGAGUAUACUACAAGUCUUCAACCUCACUGCUUUGACGGUUCAUGCGCUGUACCCAUUCAUACCAAGCGUCUGGUUCGUCUUCGCGAUUAUCUUCUGGGAGGGUCUAUUAGGUGGACUGGUCUAUGUGAGUACCUAUGCUGCGGUGCGAGAGGAGGUACCGGAUGUGGAUAGGGAGUUUAGUCUUGGUGCUGUGACGGUCAGUGAUAGUGGCGGGAUCUUUGUUGCCGGAUUACUCGGGGUGGUGAUGGAGAGUUCGUUGUGUUCUUGGCAGGUUGCUCAUGGCAGGGAUUGGUGUCGGAGACUAUGA